ACAGCAACUCGAAAACAAGCCUGUGUCGCCCAUGCCUCCCUCCUGUGUAACAUUACUGGCGUACUAGCUAGCUAGUACACAGUAUCCUUCGCCCUCCGAACACCUGCCCUCGCCGUAACGUUAACAGAACCGCUGGAAAGCAGUGCUCAGCAGGCAGGGUCAAAGGACACUGUCUACCGGUGUCCUAGCUUGCUAGCUGCUGCCCAUGCCUCCCGCCUGUGUAACGUUACCGGAGUGCUAGUUAGCUAGCUGGAUUCCAGCUAGGGGUGUUAGACCCUGGCCUUAUUGUGAAGGUAACAGAGUGAAGGUGGGAUAAAAAGCAACUGUACAUGUGGCAAUUUGUGGUUGACACAAGCAAGAUUUUCUUCACAUCAGCCACCUCACUGGAGAGGUACCCACUAGCUGAGCUUCCAGCAGGGGACAAUAACUUAGCUGCCACCUGUUACACAACAGGACUGGUAUGGGACGUGAGCUUCCUUCCAGCCCUCUACGUCCCCACAUCCCCCACUGAUGCCUCUCCCACCCCCGGUCCCCUGGACCUCAGCUCCCCAUCCAGCCUCAGCAGCAGUGCCAGUAGCAGUGGGGAGGAGGAUGAGGGGCGCACCUCUGACCCACCCAGCCCCGAGCCCACAGACACCUACCACCCCCCCCAGCGCCCCAAACGCACAGGCAUCAAGAGCCAUGGGGCCCUGACCGAGGACGAGAGAGUGGCCCCAGUCACUGCAGCAAGGCCAGCCUUCUUCUGCAAGCACUGCCCUAAAGAGUACACCAGCCUGGGGGCGCUGAAGAUGCAUAUCCGCUCGCACACACUACCCUGUGUCUGCCCCACCUGCGGGAAAGCCUUCUCCAGGCCCUGGCUGCUGCGCGGCCACAUUCGCACACACACAGGUGAGCGGCCGUUCUCCUGCCAACACUGUAACCGUGCCUUCGCCGACCGCUCCAACCUGCGGGCGCACCUGCAGACCCACGCUGAGGUGAAGAAGUACCAGUGUGGCGUGUGUUCCCGUACCUUCAGCCGUAUGUCCCUCCUCCAGAAACACAGCGCAGUCAGCUGCUCCACCUCUUCCACAGCAUGAGCAGGAAGGGGCCAUGGAGUUUUCCCCACAGAGACCUCAGGGCGGUAGGGGAGUCUACAGACUCAUAUCACCAGCAAGAUCAGAGGAGCCUGAACCAAUCUGCCAACAGAGACCAUGAACUCACCGUUAACUGGUAGGAGAGGAAGUUGACCCUGACUCGUAUCUCUUUGGAUGGAACUUCCACAGCCAUCUCAGUUUCAAUCUCAUUUAAAGAAGAAGAAGAACAUUUUUCGAACUCCUCCCAUUUCAUGUCUGGUAGAUGUUUUGGACUGUAAGUAACUCUGUACUCCUGCCAUUCUCCCAGUCCCAACUUAGUUUUUUCCUCAUAUACAGUAGUGGAUUCAUGAGAGUUAGUUGUGCCAUUGUUUUUGUCUAUCCCGGCCUUUGUCCUGGCCAGACAAGUUCAGGAUCAUCGUGGCCUAGACACAGCUGCUGAGAGAGGUAGGGGUGCGUGUGUGAGAUACAUCUCUCAGCAUCACACACACACACACAGCUGUCCCUGGUAGAGUGGUGUAGAUAGACAAGGUGCUAACAGGUGCUCUGGCCCUGACCUUCACUGGGCUGAUAACAGGUGACUUCCAACUCCCCCAGAAAGAGGAAGUAUGUCAUCAUCACAAAGAGGAUGGGGUCCGUUAGUCCCUUUGUGUGCAUGUCUCUAGUGGGUGCAUCUUAAGCUUUUACUUUGACUACAUCAAGCCCAGAUGUAAUCUGAUGUGUUUCAAAGACAGGAUAAAGCCAUUUGUUUCUGUUGUUAUUCCUUAUGGAAGCUCUCAGCUUUCAAUGUCGUUUUAAUUCCUGAAUGAUAAUCUAAUCCAUGCACUCCAGGUUACCACAGUGUUAAUUAUUGCCAUUGUUCUCUGCAAUGAUAGAGAGAACAGUCUUUCCCAUGCCAUUUUUGUAAGAUAUAAACUUGUUUUGUGAAAUGUAUUCUUUCGAAACCAAAGAUGUGCCUUCUUGCCUCAGCUGGUAGUUUUACCAUUAUGCAUCAAACAGUCAGAACUGUGGGGAAGGAAGGGACCAAAUGCCUUGUCUAAAAUGUUUACGUCAUAGAGGCACGGUUUCACAGCCCUGGUUGUAAAGAGGUGAAUUUGACAUUUCUUAAACCUUUUAUGGUUUGCAGUGCGGUGUCCAGAUUGUAUGUAGUCUUAUUUUUGACUGUGUUUGUGUUUUUCACUUCUAUUUCAAUUAUUUCAUAGCUGAUGGAUUUGCAUUCAAUAAAAUAAUUUAUGUUUCUAAAAAGUA